UAUCCCGAGGCCGCCUUGGCGCGAGACAUUUGCGAGCGGAGUGUCUCCAAGAUGGCCGGUUGGGGAAGGAGGCGUCUUGGCCCGGGCAGCAGUGGCGGCAGCGCCCGAGAGAGGGUGAGCUUGUCGGCCACAGACUGUUACAUCGUGCACGAGAUCUACAAUGGGGAGAACGCCCAAGACCAGUUCGAGUACGAGCUGGAGCAGGCCCUGGAAGCCCAGUACAAGUACAUCGUGAUUGAGCCCACACGCAUCGGCGACGAGACGGCCCGCUGGAUCACCGUGGGCAACUGCCUGCACAAGACCGCCGUGCUGGCGGGCACCGCGUGCCUCUUCACCCCGCUGGCCCUGCCCUUAGAUUACUCCCACUACAUCUCCCUGCCUGCUGGCGUGCUCAGCCUGGCCUGCUGCACCCUGUACGGGAUCUCCUGGCAGUUUGACCCCUGCUGCAAGUACCAAGUGGAGUACGACGCCUAUAAACUGUCCCGCCUGCCCCUGCACACACUCACUUCCUCCACCCCCGUGGUGCUGGUCCGGAAGGACGACUUGCACAGAAAGAGACUGCACAACACAAUAGCCCUGGCCGCCCUGGUGUACUGUGUAAAGAAGAUUUACGAACUCUAUGCCGUAUGAUCUCAGUAGGACGGGGAGAGAAGCAAAUGACCCAGCCCACGAGAGACCCCCCCCCCCCCGAGUAUGCAGAUGGCCCCAGUAACAGUUUUUGCUCUAUGGGGCGGCAGAGCCUGGGAAGGGGUUUCGUUUAAUAUUUGUUAUUUUAAAAAAAAAAUAACACAGAUCACAGGUGUACCAAGGGUUUUUCAACUCAUUACACUAAGAUGUGGAUUUCCAGAACCCACAGGGGGUCUGAGCUGUGGGAGUCUGAGCGGGCGGUGGAGCGUGGACAGCAGCAACGCUACUGAGGGGGUAUGAAUGCGCCUGUGGGGCGGGGGGGAGGUCUUUACGUCUGUUGUUUAACUGUACCAUCCAGAGCCAACCAGAAGCUAUUGGCCAUUAAAAUUAUGAGAAUUUCAACUUCAGGUGUCCGCUGUGUCCAUGACCACCUGCAGCUGCUGCCGGCGGGCGCUUGCUCGUGGGAGCUGUGGGCACCACGCGAGCCCGCCAGCCCUGCUCCUUGCUGUGGCCUGGUGCCACCGUCCGCGGCAACAACAGGCCUUUGUGCGUGAGGCCGGCCCGGACCCCGCCCAGAGCGGUCUCACCGCACGCCAGCCUCGUUUUCAAGGCGGGCGCCGCUAAAUGCCAUUCGGGGAUGUGGCAGGACCCGGUGACGAGGCCUAGAGGUCGCCGGGUUUGCGUGCGGGGCCACGUGGAGAGCUGAGGCCUGGGACCUCCCGUCCAGAGAUUCUGAUUUGGAAGGCCCCACGGGUGAACGCCUGUAUGUUUUCAAAGCGUCGAAGCUGUUCCUGAUGUGGACCCCGAGUCGGAGCCCAGCGCCCCCCCAGCAGUCCCGUUCCACAGGAGCCGGUCCCGCGCCCCUCCCUCACAGCAGAGGGCGUGCCGCACCCCUUCCUCCAUACCCCUCGAAGGUGUUGGGUAAUUCAAAAAUCUUCCCUUCCGUAAGGAUGUCAGGUCCCCCGCCUUACCUGCAACCUUCCUGAGACCUGCUCUCAGUCCCCCCUGAAGAGCUACGUGGCACUUCCUUCUGAAGGGUCCCCCUUUAAGAAGCAGUCUAGUUUUAAAGGCCACACCGGGAAGAUCUGAUACCAGAGAAUAAUGAAGGGGUACGUGGGAAGGCGUCAAGGAGCUCAAGUGGGCGACUGGUCCGUUUAUUGUAAGGGGAGAUCCGGCGCUUUUAAAAGACUUCACAACGGACCGUGGUCCACAGAGUUUGAACAACUUCAAUUCCAAGAGGCCUAGAAAUACUAAUCACUCAGGUGAAUGCUGGGUGGCAAGAUGGUGCUGGGGGCACACUAUAGCUUACAUGGCAGUCUGGCCAUCAGCAACAAUGCUCGAUCGGUAGUGAUCCCAGACACAGGGUCUCAACGUGCAGAGCCCACAACCCCUUGGGUGUCUGACUGCUGGCUCCCAGGCCGGCCGGGCACGAAUGGCAGGUGUCUUGUAAUAAAUGGCGCAGAUUGGGAAAGGGAGCCCCAUGCUCUGCCUGCAAACCAGAUUUCAUGGGGGAGGUGGCUGGAAGCCGACAAGCAGUAGCCGUCUCGGUCGGGUCAGCUAAGCAGAAGUCCUCACCGGGAACAGAAGCCAAGUGCAAACAGGCUGGCUCCAGCUGCGCUGAACAAAGUGAUUCUUGUCGGGUGGACUAGCCGAGAUUCUGAAAUACCACCGCAGUUCCAUGUCCCCCGCCAAGGUGGAGGACUCAGGCCUGCCGCGGACCGCAGAGCGGGACUUGGGUGCUCUAGGCCUCCCCACGUGAGCAGCGGCCCAGAUUGGCUGGGAAGGGGAGCGGCAGGCCCACGCCUCCGGCGCCUGGAAGGCUUCUCCCGUUUCUCCCGCCUUUCUAAUUACCCGUCACAGUCGAGCGGGUUACACUCCUCGGUGACGUGCCGCAGGGCUCUUGACAUGGGAAACACAGGCCCAGUCAGCUGGCCCUUGCCUGCGAGGUCCACACACCAGGCCUGUGUGCGCCCACGUCCGUCAAUGCAUCGCGCCAGUAACCCAAUUACAGGAGUCUUGUUUGAAGUGCCCACUCUCACCGCAGUUUCAGAGAAGAGCAAAGAGCCUUUAGAAAGGUCAGCUCAUCGAGAAAUGCGGAGGAGCAGACCCCGGCAAACACUUACUGGCUCUCUCCUUAGCCUGUCCGCUCCCUCCCGAGCGUUCACAUCUGGUUCAGCAGCUGCGGUGCCCCAUAAGGAAAGGAAGGGAAGCGGCGUCCCUGGGAGCCUGCAGGUGGCAGGCAGCGCGCGCGGGCUGUUCCGUCUGACCACCCGGGAGCCGCGCACAGAUGUGCAGCGCUGCUGGAUGGAAACUCAUGUGCUUGUGCUUUCCACACCGACGUGGGCGCGCAGCCCAAGUGCGCAUGCUUCUGCCCUCGGCCCGGGAAACUCCAGGAGGCCCACAGAGCAGAGCGGACAGUGCCUUUGAACUUUAUGUGCAGGCAGAACCAAUGCAGAGCUUUCCCAACCUACCCACAAUCCACGGUGGGGCGGGGGGGGGGAGGGGAGGGGACGAACCCUUGAGGACAGAAAAGAGAAACGGCAACAGGAGCACCACCCCGCCCCUGGUGGCAGAUGUUCAUAUUCAAACACCGGCUUGAAAGCAAGAGUGGGGUCCUGGCCGGGGGCACAGUGUGUGUGUGUGGGGGGGGGCUCGCCCUCCCAGGCCGGGGAGCCCCGCCUUCACGCCAGCGCGCCCUCCAGGGGGACGUUCCAGAACACUGACGUCGCUGGCCCUCCUUAGUCCUCUCCCUCGUUUCCGAGGCCAAAAGGAGCAUCUGUGCGGCGGGAGCUCAUCUCUACUACCUCUCCGAUACUGCCCACCUCCUCAGGAGCAGCUGGCUGGGCCUCGGACAGCGUCUGCCAGCCGGCCGGAGGUAGCUAGAUUUUAAUGAUUGGUUGUGUUCCAUUUGCUGUUGAUACGGCAGAAUAUAAAGUUUCUAAAGUAAGUUUAAGAAAGUGAGUGUGAGUCUUUUAAAAAUAGGAGGUAAAUGAACGUCCAGUGGUUUGGAAUCGGGCUCAGGGGUCGUGUGUAGGUUAAGAGACCCUUUGUGUCUGCUCCAAGCUCCGCGUCCGGACCCGCGCCUGAGUCGGGGCUUGGCGGGCCCCCAGCCGCUGCCCCAGUGAGCCCCACAGCAACACCCUCCGCAGCGGAGUGGGUGCCGUGUUUUGAUGACCGACCCGUGUGGCUGCUGAGCAUGUGUUCUUUAGAGGACAGCAGGUCACAUCGUGUCCAGUUGCUGCCCGUUCUGUUUAACGGAGAGAAAAGGACAGCACCUGGAUCCGGGCCCCGCUGAAAGUGCCAGUCAACUGAGUGCCCGAGGAGAGCUGUUCUGUCGUUCCCGUUUGGACGCACAGCUUCCUCUGUCACUGCCUUUCCCGAGGACGUGCUGGGCACUGGGCAAUUUUAUUCCAUCUCAGAGUAGGCUUUAGAGUGGCCGCCACGGCUGUCGUGGGCCCAGCUCUUCCCUGGCUCUAACGGCCCUGACGUGAACAGGAAGAUCGUUCUCUCCCCCGUUAGGGUGGAGCAGGUGCUUUCUGCGGAAAACAGGGAGCUGCCC